AUGUCACUCUCUCUAGACUCGCUGCAAUCCAUCCCCGUCUCCUACGCCAGUGUCUCCAUCGGCUACAAAGAAGAGCAUACCCUGCCCAAGAAGCUCGAAGCCAUAUCAGCCGCCGGCUUCCAAGCCAUUGAACUAGGCUUCCCAGACCUCCUCUCCUUCGCCAGUCUCUAUCUCAAAAAGGAAGUCGGACCAAACGACUGGGAUGAUCUCUGCACCGCCGCCAAGGUUGUGAAAUCCCAAUGUGACGCCAAAGGCCUCAAGAUCCUAAUUCUUCAACCCUUCAGCGAAUUCGAGGGUUGGCCCGAAGGCUCUGAUGAGCGGGAAGACGCCUUCGACCGCGCCAAGGGCUGGAUCAAGGUCAUGGAGGCUUGCGGGACGGACAUGCUCCAAGUCGGCUCUUCAGACGCACCAGCUGAGAAGAUCGGCACAGACCGCAACCGCUUCGUCUCCGACCUCCGCGAACUCGCUGACAUGCUUGCCGAGCACGGCUUCCGCAUGGCAUACGAGAACUGGUGCUGGUCGACGCACGCGCCGGACUGGAAGGAUGUCUGGGACAUCGUGCAGAAGGUCGACAGGCCCAACGUCGGGCUGUGCUUGGACACAUUCCAGACCGCUGGCGGGGAGUGGGGUGAUCCUACCACCGAGUCGGGCAUGCUGGAAGGCGAUCCAAAAGAAGUGGAGAAGAAGUUCCAUGCUAGUUUGGACGAGCUGAGUAAGACGGUGCCGAAGGACAAGAUAUACUUCUUGCAGAUUUCGGAUGCGUAUAAGCCAACGGAGCCGCUCAGCAAGGAGCCGGAUGAGAGUGGGCUGAGGCCGAGAGGCAGGUGGAGCCAUGAUUUCAGACCCCCGCCGUUCCAGGGCGGAUAUCUUCCGGUUGUGGACGUGACGAGGGCGGUGCUUAAGACGGGCUUCAGGGAUUGGUUCUCGUAUGAGGUGUUUGACAGUGGACCGGACGGUAAGGGGAAGGAGUACGACCUGAUGGAGUAUGCUCAGACGGCGUUUGAUUGUCAGAAGAAGCUAUUGGAAGCGUGUGCGGAAGAGGGCAAGUCGUAA